AAAAGGAACGGCUGGAGGACGAGGAGUUUGCUGAUAUAGUUCGGAAGGCCAAGAAGAAAGAACUUCGAAGGCAGCGACGCGAGAUUCGCAAUAAUCUACAACGUUUGGAGGAUGCGCAAUCAUCUAUUGCAGUGAGCGCUACUGCGAUCUGGGCAGAUCCAGAUCCAGAUGUUGAGAUGCAAGGGUCAUCGCCUCGACAAUACCCACCAGUGGACCAUGACGCAGCCUUACCUGACUUUCACGAGGCCGAUUUUGCUCCCAACGAGCCCGAUCCUGGUUCCAAUGAGCCUGAUCCUGGUCCCAACAAGCCCAAUCCUGAGCUCGAUGAUAUUAAAGUCGAGUAUCAUCCUCACAGCCAAAUUUCUUCCACUGUACAUCACUUCUCUGAGUUCACCCGCAGCCGCAUGACAGAACAUACUGUGCCUCGUAACAAUACACCUUGGGAACCCUUCCGCACGCGGCUAGACUUCGAAAUAGCAGAGAUUGCACUUGAAGCUGCGAUGACGAAGGAUCAAACCAAUCGCCUUCUGGAUCUCGUGCACCGAUCUGCUAGCGGCAAUGAUAAGUUCACGCUGCAAAAUCACGAUGAGGUUCGCUCCCUAUGGAACCUUGCUUCGCAACGUUAUACCAGAUUUCAGAAUGAUACAGUGUCUGUUCCAUUUGACAGUGAGGUGCACGAAUUCGAGAUGCAUUACCGCCCUCUCUGGGAUUGGGGACUCGAUUUAUUGCGAGACAAAUAUCUCGCGCCUCAUUUCGUAUUCGAUGCUCAACGUCUCUCGAAAUUCGACGGAGAGAGGUUUGUACGUUUCAUUGACGAACCAUGGACUGCUGAUGCAUUUUGGAAUGCACAAGGCUACCCAAUUAUUGCGCGUAUUGCCAACCUACCUGUUCACAUUCGCAACAACAAUACUGCCUUGGGAGGUGGUCGCGUCGUCGGUUGGCUGCCCAUUAUUGUCGAGAAUCAGGAACAUGCGAAAAAGAAGAACUACGUCGACUUCAAAAAUGCUGUCUGGCACACGUCAUUUUACCAGCUUCUUGCCUCAGUUGCGCAGCACUCGAAUACGGGUUAUUGGUUUGAGUGUGGAGAUGGAAUCCAACGUCGUCUCUGGCCUGUUAUUUUGAUCUUAAGCGCUGAUUAUGAAGAACAAUGUAUCAUGGCGUUGAUCCGUGGACUUAAGGGAAAAUUCCCGUGUCCAGUUUGCUUGGUUCCGCAAGACGAGCAGUCCGUUCUUGCUACCCACGAGUUUCGCACACGCCACCAAUCUGAAGAUGUACUUCGCACUGCAAGAUUGAAGCCUUCUGAGAAGGAAAAAGAGGCUCAUCUCAAGGCUUUCUCGCUCCGAAAUGUUGAGAAUGUCUUUUCGAGAGUUCGUCACGUCGACGUUCAUCGUGCACUUUCUUUCGACCGCCUUCACACAAAUGAGGAAGGGUUAUGGGGCGAUCAUUUGUGGAAGGAAGUUAAGUUUUGGAUUUCAGACCUCGGGCGCGAUGCAGCUGUCAAACUCGACAAAAAUUUUGAUGGACUUCCGCGAUGGCCUGAUUUAACACAUUUUUCGUCUGUCGUCGCAGUGGAUUUCACUGAUGGUACUGUUCUCGGGGAUCUGUCAAAGAUGAUUGUCUUUGCCGCACAGGAUAUAUUUACUUCGUCCCGCUGUAAACUGGGACACUUACUCCUUCGCUGCAUUCGCCACUACAUCGAGUUUGAUAUCUAUGCCUCGUUAGAAGUGCAUACAGAGCAUACAAUCGCAGCUGGGAGGUUGGCAGUGCAAAAGUUCUCAGAGAUAAUGGCCGAAUAUAUUGCCCAAUCACAGCCUGAAACCCUCAAAAAUUGGAACUUUCCAAAGAAACAUUUGGUCUCUCACAUAUUCGACGAUAUCAUAUCGAAAGGUGCGACACGUAACUACAGUACCAAACCAAAUGAAAAAAUGCACGGCUCGUUGCGAAAAAUAUAUCUUCAACGUACAAAUUUCAAGAACGUCGCUUCUCAGAUUCUGCACUAUGAUGAAUGGCUUCUGACCUCAACAUCUAUGCGCACUGAACUCGAUGAACUUGACGAGUACUACAAACGAAACACUUGCGACCCGGAGACUCAUGAAGCGCUGGACUUGGAUGACACUGGGGAACCCGAAUCUACUACUAUCCAUGCUCAUUUAGGUUCGAGGCAAGGCAACCACUCGUUUUCCGAUAUCAUGCUCUCGCACGGAACUGACAGGGCCUUCACCAACUUUCGGAUGAAGCUAAAUGGCUUCUUAAAUGGCUUUCUACCACAGCACAAUAUUCCAUUGCCGGAUGGAAAGUGUAUUCACCUGCGCACAGAAGAUAUGAUAACAGUGUUUCAUUUCUUGCGUGUCAACUACGAAUCAAUAUUCUAUGGAUUGCCAAGGUAUGACUGCGUCAUCGUGAAGACUGCCGACAAACCAUUUUUCGCUCGCCUCGUGUACAUGUUCAGCUGCUUGAUUGGCAACACUGAUUUCCCUCUCGCGCUGAUUCAUCCUUAUGAUGUUGGUAUCGCCAGUAGUCGUCGAAGGCGAGAUAAUGACAUGGGACUGUGGCGUGUGCGAGCCAAACCUCGCAUAUCCUCUGAAAUCAUCUCUGUCCAAUCGAUCAUUCGGGGUGCUGCUCUCGCAAAUGAUCCGGAAACAGACGGAGAUUACUUUGUAAUUCACACUGUAGAUACUGACAUGUUUCUUCGAGUCAAGGCUCUACAAGAUCAACCAAGCACUUGAUCCACUACCGCUUUAAUACUGGCUUGAGAGCCGCAAAUUUGCUCCUGUAAGUAAGCCAGGUCCUGCCACAUCCCUUUGAGAGCGACACUUCACACUGUCCCAUAUGCCCA